UUUUGGAACACCUUGUAUAAAUGUUACUUGGUGUUUGCUGGGUAGCUACGGUCCUGAUCCGCGCGCGCGGGGCGACACCUGGUGGUCGAUCGGCAAGUCUCGCGGACGUGCAUUCGAAAAAUGGCCGACAGCGGGGACGGUGUGAACAGCACGUCGUCCGGGAAGGAGACGAGGGGCACGCUCGCCGAUGGCCCGGUCACCGAUCCGGCGUCCAGCAUGAAGAGCCUAGAGGCAUCAAAUAAUGCCUUUCACGGCGCGAGAACAAAAUUAGAUUCAAAAUCUGGAGCGCUGAAGAAGUCCAGCCGUUACCGGAGCCGCUCCUUGUCGGCCAGUAGCACCGAUAGUUACAGUUCUGCCUCUUAUACAGGAAGCUCAUCCGAUGAAGACGACGUCUCGCCGCGCGAGAAAAUUCAGAAGACGGAGAAGGGCUUUACGGAUUUCUGUGUGCGCAAUAUCAAUCAGCAUGCUUUUGGACGUAGGGAGAUCGAGAUCGCCGAGCAAGAAAUGCCAGGAAUCAUGGCGUUGCGGAAACGCGCAGCGGACGACAAGCCGUUGAAAAACGCCAAGAUUGUGGGAUGCACUCAUAUCAACGCGCAGACUGCAGUGCUGAUUGAGACACUGGUAGAACUGGGUGCACAGGUGCGAUGGGCGGCGUGCAACAUUUAUUCCACGCAGAACGAAGUGGCCGCGGCGUUGGCAUAUGCCGGAUAUCCGGUGUUUGCGUGGCGCGGCGAAACCGAGGAGGAUUUCUGGUGGUGUAUCGACAAGUGCGUAGCGGCCGAGAAUUGGCAACCCAACAUGAUACUGGACGAUGGUGGCGAUGCUACCCACUUAAUGCUCAAAAAAUACAACGCUAUGUUCAAAAUGAUUCAAGGGAUUGUCGAAGAGAGUGUAACAGGUGUACAUAGAUUGUAUCAAUUGUCAAAGGCAGGUAAAUUAUCUGUCCCCGCGAUGAAUGUAAAUGACAGUGUAACAAAGACGAAAUUCGAUAAUCUCUACAGUUGUCGCGAGAGCAUCAUUGAUAGUUUAAAAAGAUCCACAGAUAUUAUGUUUGGCGGUAAACAAGUUGUGAUAUGCGGUUAUGGAGAAGUUGGAAAGGGAUGUUGCCAAGCUCUCAAAGGUUUAGGGUGUAUUGUAUAUAUCACCGAGAUCGAUCCCAUAUGCGCUCUGCAAGCCAGCAUGGACGGCUUCAGAGUGAUGAAACUCAAUGAAGUCAUACGAAAUGUAGACAUUGUCAUUACAGCAACGGGCAAUAAGAACGUGGUCACGCGCGAGCACAUGGACAAAAUGAAAAACGGAUGCGUCGUGUGCAACAUGGGUCACAGCAACACGGAGAUAGACGUUAACAGUUUACGUACGCCUGAUUUGACUUGGGAAAAAGUGAGAUCACAAGUGGACCACGUUAUUUGGCCGGAUGGUAAGCGCAUAAUACUCUUGGCAGAGGGUCGUUUAGUAAACUUGUCGUGCUCGAGUAUUCCAUCUUUCGUGGUGUCGAUUACUGCCGCUACACAAGCAUUAGCCCUCAUCGAACUGUUUAACGCGCCACCAGGACGAUACAAAAGUGAUGUUUAUCUGCUGCCGAAGAAAAUGGAUGAGUACGUCGCAUCACUACAUUUACCCACGUUUGACGCACAUCUAACGGAAUUGACGGAUGAACAGGCAAAAUAUAUGGGUCUCAACAAGGCUGGUCCGUUUAAGCCUAAUUACUAUCGCUACUAAAAAACCAAUGGACGAGUAAUGUGGCAUUGAUGUAGUGCAACACUUACUCAGCAUUACACAUUUUCACAAGUAUUAAAAAAAAACAACUACCCUUCCUUGACUUUAUGCCGAAGUUGGCUUUCUUUUUACCCCAUUAUCGUUCACUCUCUGUUGUCGUAAAAUCGAUAAGAGAUUUUUAUUUAUGGUACAACCUUCGUCGAGACAUCCGCGUGAUUUGAUUCCGCAUUGCCAUCGUGCUAAUCAUCCGCAAGGAAUGCGUUAAUAAUGUCAUGAACAUCCUCUGAUUUAAGCAGUUAUUUAAUAAUCGAUAUUAGAAAUCACUACCGAGGCUGGACAAAGUGUAUUUGAAAAAAGUACAAAAUAUAUAAGUUAUUUUCAACAUGUUGAAUAUCUUAUAUAUUUUUUAAAAGUAUGUACCCUUCAAAUAACAUAUCUAUCAAAAAUACUCUGUCCAGCCAUAAAAUUUUAAUUAUUGAAUUUAUGUAUCUGAUUAACUUUUAUAACAGUUUUCUUUCUGAAAAUGUGUGAAUGUAGAGCCUACAUUCAUCGAGAUGAAUAGAGAGAAAAAGGGAAGCUUUAAAAAAUUGACCGGACUGUGCACGCCAGCAAAACUACGUGUGCAAACUGCUGGACGAAUGUUGUAGAUACGAGUUCUAUAUAAUUUGCAAAUCGAUGCGGUAAGUAAAAUGCAUCUGUCCAUUAGACACUUCCAAUAAACUGUAGUAUUAUAGUUUAUAAAUGAUACAAACGUUUUUAAUAAUAUAUAAAAAGGAACAUAUAUUUAUAUAUAAU